AUCUUGACAUGUCAUCGUUGCCUCUCGUCACCAAUGUUCGGCGGUUGACGAAUAUAACAGAUUAAAACGGUAGUCGAGCGCUUCUUUUGUAUGUCCAGCGGCUGUUAUCAUAAGCAGUCAGCAAAGUUGGUGGUAGUCGGUAUCGUGAUGCCGGCGACAUUGUUCAGUCAGAAGGUGCGGGUCCUUAUUCUGGCGGGUUGCCGGGCAAAUGCCGACUACGCAGCGAGGGUCGUAUCGUGUCGUUGGAGCUGACUUGAAGGAAAGUCGGUUUCUAGUCAAAAAAGGUGCGACUGACUCUGUUGACAUCGAUUAUGCUUCCGUGCUAAAAGAGGGACCGGCUACUGCUGCGUCGACGUUGUGAUGCAAGGAACACCUUUUGCGCUGUACGAUAUAGUCAGCAGCGAACUGCCAAGAGUUAUUGUGCGGGCGGCAAUGCGUUAUGAAGAUGCUUGUAUGGUCCACUGUAAAGGGCACAUGGUGGAAUAAUUUCAAGUGCAUGAUAAGGGCAAUGCAUGGCUUAGAGUGCAGCAGUGUUUAAUGCUCAGGGUGCAGAUUUCGCGCUCGCUCGAUAUUUUUUUAGCUAAACUGGAUUUGCCCGGUCGCAAUUACAAAUCAUCGAACUGGGCCAGCCCUAUAAUGCUGACUCUUGGACUUCCGGCGAGCCCCACAUUUCGAGUGUUUCUGAAGGCUGGAACAGUAACCAAUUAUCGAACUCGCAUCGCAAAAACCGAUCGUACUACUAGAUUACUUACACAAAGCGUGUUUCGAUGCGCUUGCCAUUCGCAAACUGUCACUACAAUGUUGCUGCAUACACAAAUCGGCCUUGAUAACAAGCCAGAUAUUUUGGUCGCCGUCGCAGGUCUAGCUCCCGCUCGCCAGAGAAGCGUUAUGUUUCGCUGUUUCACGAAGAUCAACGGCAAAAACAAAACCCAUUGGGUUACUAUCAUCGGGUCAGCACCGCAGAAAAUACCUAGCCAGCUUUGCGUCUGUGCAUUGUUGUUUGUCGAUCCAGACCUUCCCGUUAUCCUGCGACCAAACGGGUCCAUUUCCAUCAUUCCUGUCGUUGCUGUCGGUUGUUUGUUGCGUGGAUUCUCCACCCUGUUGCAAUUGCUGCCGGUUCUGCUGACGUCUCUCUGCACCGGACUCAUCUUAGCUGAUGGUGGUAGCAAUACUGAUUGCGGGCCGACGCACUCGUGGUUACGAUAUCUGAUUGCAUCUAUAGUCGCUAGAUAAAUACGUUCGAGGCAUGUUGCCCAAUAUCUGGCUCUCGCUUUGUUCUUGAGUAAUCCCCCUGCGUGCGCAGUUGGCUUGUUAGUGUGUCUCUGUGCCAUGGAAUAGUAACAUUAUUCGCACUCACUUUACUGUUGGUUGUAACCAAGAAAGUGCUUUCCUUUUAUUGCCCCUAAGAAGGAGAUUUUCCUCAUCACACUACCUAAAAAGCUUUGUCACCGCCUGCAAAUCAUUCAGGUUAUUACAACAACAACUGUUAUAAGGACAAGCAAUUCCCAAUUACUCGGGCAGAACGCUGAUAACUCCUAGGUUAAUCAGAUUUGUUCAUUAGUUGUACUGAAUUGGUGCCAACCAAUGGUCGAUAUAUCUGGCGGGCGACUACAUGGGUAUAUAGAUGCCUGUCCGUGUUCUACAGCAACGCAGUGUCGCGUGCACCGAAACAUAUGUAACGUGUUAUCGUCAACAGUCAUUCAAGAAAGCUAACGAUCUUCAACGAGCAAAUAAGGGGCUGCUGUUGCAGUUUACGGAAAUGCCCGUUUUUGAUGUCCUGGCGCCCGUUGUGCCCAUCUGAAACGCAACUGACAAACCGAGCUGAAGGAGUCGCCCGAACGAAACCUUUCCCGAACUGCUCAGAUAUAAUGAGCCCCGGGGACGGCCGUACGACCCCACCACUAUCGGUGGGAACGGGGUCUACUGUAACAGGCUCUGUAGGAGCGGCCAUGCUAUCCGGUCCAGGCCCCUCUAAGGCUAUACAGAAGAAGCUUCAAAAAGCGUAUAAAGAUGAUGAAUGGGAGGUGAUGCGUGGUCUGAAACCUGGAGAAACGGUUCCAAAGGAGCGGCCAUCAAAACAUGAAGGAUACAUAAUGAAAAGACGAAAAUGGCCACUUAAAGGUUGGCACCGUCGCUUCUUUUUCCUGGAGAAUGGAAUCCUUUCGUAUGCAAAAAACUCCAGCGAGAUGGCUCGUGGAAGAAGUCACGGUCAGAUCGACCUGGCUAUUGCAUUUAUAUCAUAUAAAUCAAAAGAUCUGCGAAUCGAUAUUGACGCCGACGAAUUCAUUUACCAUCUUAAGCUCAAAGAUCACGGUUCGUUUGAUAAAUGGAUCGAGUCUAUUUCUGCGCAUCGGCGGUACAAGCAGCAAGAACUGGCAAAAUACGACACCGCGAGUCCAAGGUCAUCAACAGCUGCUUCGACUGACCAGCGCGUGUUGGCAUGGGUUCUGAAUACACCCGCCCCAACUAGUGUUUCCGAUCGGCUCAUUUCCCUUUCCAAGCAGCUGGCCAAUCUUGAGGACAGCGUGCAUAGCUUCACGGUGCGACCGCCCCCGCGCAAGAAGCCGCCGCGGAGGCAGCGACGCGAUGACGAUGCUAACGGGGGGGGUCCAGCUAGCGAGGACGGCGGGGGCGGCAGCGGCAAAGAUGUCGCAUCAACAGCUUUACAAGAGGCUUAUCAGGGAUCAGCUGGUGGAGCUGGUUCGUUGGCCCAGGCUCCCCAUAGUCCCGGCGCUGUUUUAUCGCAGUCACAGCAGGACCAAUUGCCGCAUCAUCUCCCUCCUAAGGAGGAAUACGAUCAUAUGAGCGAGAUGAGCGUGGCUUUGCCGAGCUGCGGCUCUAGCUUAGGAGGAGCUACGGCAGUAAUAGCUGUUUCUGACUGUUGCACACAUGCAGCCGUGAUGUCGAAUGAGAAUACCCAAGCGGCUCAGGACUUCAUUGACAGCGCGCGUCACCUAUUGACAGAUCUCCAGGCUUUGGCGGGGCAGCUUGAAUCUCAGCAGCGGCGUGCAUCACUUCAACGAGUGUCUCCCGAGGCAGAUGUCCUUCGUAGUACGCUGAAUGCCUAUCAACGACAGAAUAUAGAACUCAAAGAAAGACUGGCAAAAAUUCGCGCGAUUGUGGGCACUACCGACUCGGAUCCAGCUUUAGACAUAGUCAGUUCAGAAGAACCGCAAGAAACAACCGCGGCAGCUGUCCAGCCAGUGACGCCCACACAAGUUACGGUUCCGAUUUCUAUGACCCCUGCUAGUGCAGUUCGUCGUCUGGUCCAUGAGAGUAGCCAUGAAACGUCGAGUCUGCUCUCGACGACCGAGUUCUACGACGCUGCAGAGCAGCUCAGCGUCUGCGCGUCAUCGUCUGAGGGAUCAUUCUGCUCUGAAGGGGACACCGAAGGUGAAGCUUCGGACGACGGAACAGAGUACAAUGCCCCAACGCGCGGUGUAGCUAAUGGAGGGCUUGCAGGCGGAAUAGUGGACAGCUUAACAACUCGUCGCACGAAAUUGCCGGCUGUUAAGCCGCCAAAUAGCGAUAACGGGUUAUGGUCGCUACUAUACAAGAACAUCGGCAAGGAUUUGUCGAAGGUGUCAAUGCCUGUAACGAUCAAUGAGCCGCUCAAUAUGCUGCAGCGGCUAUGCGAAGAGCUCGAGUAUAGCGAAUUGAUUGAUAAGGCAGCUGAAACGAAGGAUGCACUUGAACGAAUGGUGCACAUCGCUGCGUUCGCCGUAUCGGGCUAUGCGUCCAGUUAUUAUCGAGCAGGCCAUAAACCUUUCAAUCCGCUUCUCGGAGAGACUUACGAAUGCAUCAGGGAGGACAAGGGCUUCCGUUUUAUUGCCGAACAGGUACAGCAUCAUCCGCCUGUUUCGGCCUGUUUUGCGGACGGGGGCAACUUUACGUUUUGGCAAGACAUACGAAUGAAGACAAAAUUCUGGGGAAAAUCAAUGGAGAUAAUGCCCGUGGGCAAGGUCCAUCUGCAGGUAGCCGAUUCGCACUAUGUAUGGAACAAAGUGACCACAUGCGUACACAAUCUGUUUUCCAACAAUCAGCGCUGGGCCGAUCAGUACGGCGAAAUGAAGAUCGAAGAUAUCACUCACAAAAUUACAUGCAAGCUCACGUUUGUCAAGGCAUCGUAUUGGUCAGACAAAAAGCACGAGGUCUAUGGUUCAGUUUUGGAUGGCUUGAAAAAUCCAGUUCACCACUUAAUGGGCAAAUGGACGGAAGGUAUCUACUGCGGGCCAGUAGCGUCCACGGCCCGUUGCGUUUGGCGACCUGGGCAGAUGCCGGAGGAUUAUGAGCUCUAUUAUGGGUUUUCUCGUUUUGCCAUGCAACUCAACGAGCUACAGCCCGGCCAAGAAUUGAUUCUGCCACCGACCGAUACGCGUUUUAGGCCUGACCAGAGGUUACUCGAAAACGGCGAUAUAGAUGGAGCAGAAGCAAUGAAAGCCCGGCUGGAACAAUCACAGAGAGAACGUAGAAAAAUACGAGAGGAGCGUGGUGAGGAAUACUACCCAAUGUGGUUCAGGAAGGUAUUUGACGCAAACGGGGAAGAAAAUUGGGUGUACAACAAUCGCUACUGGGAGACGAGGGAGAAUCCUGGUUUCAAAAAUCAUCAUUUCUCCGAAGAUAUAUGGGCAAUCGAUAGAUAAAGUAACAACGCUCCAAAACAAACGAGCUAACCUCAGGCCGGAAAUUAGCUCAUUCUUAUGCACGCCUUGCAGCGAUGACUGCGAUCGGAGAGGCGGCGAUCUAAAGCAAUGAAAAAAGUAAAAAAAUUAGAAAUAAUUCCUUUUGGGCGGUAGGAAGCGCUGCAGUGCACUAUAGUUAUUCAACUUAUACGCCAUCAUUCUGUAUCGGGCACAUAUAACAAUCAUUCUAAUUGCUACUUGAGUCCGUUACUCGAUUUAUCUGCACUAAUCAUAAAUAGCAGAUUUAUAACUAGCUCAAGAUUAUGUAGUAGCACGCUGGCGUUUUUUUAUAGCGGUCUGCGGCUCGGUGAUGCGUAUUGGAUGGAAACACCUGUGUGGAAGACAUGAGGAAAGUUUUCAUCGUUCUGCCUCUUAGAAGGUGAAUCACAGAUUCGCAAUAAUGACCGAUAGCAGCAGCAGUAGCAAUAGUAAUACAAAAAAGGUAUCAUUUUGAUGAUCAUUAUAUGGGCGUCUUAUAUGUAUGACCAUGCGUGGUAGAUGUAGUUUAGCUGAGAUAUGUGCUGAUUAUUGCAGGUUGUUCUUUUUAACAGCAAUUUAUUUGAAGAAUACGUUUGCUUGUACAAAGUAUGAUAGUUUUAGUACGCAUGCGCGUGCUACCAAAAUGCACGUGUUACCAAGGUGCGCGUAUAUGUGUUUGCAUCUGCCUAAGCUGAUACGGAAAUUACCUCCGUAGUGAUUAUACCUUAAAGGAAACGGCCGUUUUUAGGGAUGCUUCGCCAGGGCUAGCAAUCUCUGGCAGCUUUCGGGAGCUAGAAGAACGGAGAAGAGGAGGCUGGGGAACAAAGCAAGUUUCGACGAGAGAGUAUGAUAUGAAUAGUUUCAAAUAUACAGGCAACAUUCGAGGGGCAUAUAAUAGCGGUGAGCACAAAGUUGAACGCGUGCUUAAGAUGGAAAAGGAGAAAUUCGCAGAACGUCGGUUCUAGGGGCAAUGUUAACGUAAUCGUUUUUGUUGUUGUACGUUGAAGACGGCUGUUCUUGCUAAAUCGGGCCAUGUUGAUUAAAUGUGGUUCUGGAUGCACGAUAAAGCAACUAUCUAAGUGACGAUGUUUUAAUUUUUGCGAAAUACUUUUUCUGCUCUGUUCAGAACUGCUAUUAUACUUAAAGCUGGAUUACUAGCCAGGCGAGAUUGGUGGCUGGUCAGAGGUUUUCUUGUCUAGUAGUUUGGGCCACAUUGAACAAGCUAAACUUUCCUUCCGAUCUGGCAAAGCUUUAGAACGAUAGCAUAGCAACGAUCAUCCCACUAAUACGACUCGUGAGGCAAAAAAUGAGACGAUAUCGUGUAAUUACAUAGAUAUAUAUACAACGUAGUUAUAUUGAUACUAAACUUAUUACUUACUAACGAUGAAAGGCGAAAAAAAAAACAAUAAACUAACCGUUCGACAAUGUUUUUGAUAGCGUUUCAAAAGUGGACAUGUGCCGAUUGCCUCUCCUACAUUUAGCUAUUUACUGAUGUUAGCGAUAUUGCCAGUGAACCCUAGACAAAAUAGGACGUAGCCUGGACAUUCGCUUUUGGAGCCAAUUACCGAUAUUUUUUUGCGACUGGGGAAAUCUCACGUUGCCUGCUAUUAAAUAGAGGAAAACUAUCUUCCUCAACUCAACAAUGUACUUCGCUCUCUCUAUAAUGCGGGUCCUACAUGGUCUGCAUUAGCUUAAUACAGUAGAAAUGCCGUUGACUCUCUGCUCUAAUAAUAAUGCUGCUUGAGCGUCUCGAGCUCCACUGUUCAGCGUGUAACGCUGUAAAGCUGACAUCUUUGUAGCUUCUAACGAAAACGAGAUGAAGCGAUAUAUAGAGUGAAACGUUACCCAAUAGAGUUGAGCGGCCUCAAAGUACGGGUAGUUUGAUAAUAUUAUAUACAGGUAUAUCAAAGUUGAGGACGAAGGUAACAGGAGAAGGAGAACGAAGCAAAAGAAAGGUGCGAUUGACCGAGAGGGUCAGCUGGCUGUUAACAUAGUUUUCGUCCAUAACGGCAAAGAGUCUAAUUUAGCAUAGGUAUAGCAUGUCCUCACGUCUUCGACAAGAUUCAAAAGCUAAUGUUGAACGUUCCAUGGGCGUGUGCUAUGACGAUUUGUUCUAUGGCAACGAAUUUAAGUAACCAUAUAUAGUAAUGGUUUAGGUGCUAUGAAAUACGUAGGCUUGACCGCAGCUGUUUAUGUCUAGAUAAGGGUUUCUUGCUGUUUAGAUGUUGUCACAACAACAACAACUCCUAUCUAUGUUGUUCUGUGAUAUUAAUAAGUACCGCAUUGUUUUUUCAACGUUUGUAACCGUGCUACGUACGAUAUAACAUGAGCCUUACAUACGUUUACAAAUAAGCUACUUGUUGCAGCACAGUUGUACGUUGUUAAAGUUGGGUUGCUUGAUGUGAUAACAUCUACACGGUUAUGUUCGCGUGUUUAUUUUUAGCAUAAACAAUUUAACACAAAUCUCUUAGUAAAAAUUACUCUGAUAGGUCGCCGAUCCUGCAGUGUUUCGUGUGAAUUAUUCGAAUUAGUACAAGUGAUCUUUCUGGAAAUGUUUAGGCACGGAGAUAAACAAAAUCGUAUGGCAAGUUUUAAUAGGCUGGGUGUACAGGAGACGAUUUCUAGAAGAUUUGGGUGAAGAUUCCGGCUGGCCCGGUAUCAUGUAUCCACCGCUAAUUCUUUUAAUAUAUUAACGCAAUACUAAUCGAAUAAUCUUACCAAGAUAACAUUUAAGAGUACUGCUAUUAAGGAUGUGAUAGUGAGCCCUCUAUUACGAUUUUAUUAUGACCGAAUAAAAUAAUUUUAAGUGUUCGUUGUCGCUAAACAUUUCGGUUUUGUUA